AUGUACACUUUCUACACCCCUGAGGCCCGCAACCUCACUCCGUCACUUCAUUUCGCUCAUCCCUGCCGUCAGCGACAAGCUUUCCAGACUCCCUCAGCUGAACUUUAUCCUUCCGAUCGACUCGAUCCAAUACCGCAGCCAUGUCUUACCAGCAGCACCAGUACCCUCCCAACGCCUACCAGCAGCCCGGUUACGGUCCUCCCCCCGGCGAAUAUUACCCCCCCUCAGCAGGGCGGCUACCCUCCCCAGGGUUAUCCUCCCCAGCAGGGUUACGGUGGCCCCCCUCCCCAGGGUGGUAUGCAAUACCAGCAGCCCCAACCCCAGCCCCAGCAGAAAUCCAGUGACAAGGGCUGCCUCGGCGCUUGCUUGGCCACUCUGUGCUGUUGUUUCGUCUGCGAAGAGGGCUGCGAGUGCUGCGCCGACUGCAUCGAGUGCUGUGAGAUGUGCUAA